UUGAAAUAAUGUUGAAAAAAAUAAAUCUGUUAUUUUUAAUAUUUUUUGUGAUCAAAAACACCGCAUUAUCUAUUGAGUUAUCGGGAAUUUAUGAUAUAGAAGCAAUAGAAAUAUUUGUCAACGAAAUUGAAGAUAAAGCAAAAAAUAAUUACAAAUUGACAAACGUUUCGAUUUCUUACGAUGAAAAAAGUAUAAUUGUAAAAAGUAUUUUAAAUGAUUUGACAGAGUAUUUAAAAAAAUUAAAUACAAUAGCGAGUGAUUCACGUUAUCACGAUUAUUGGCAAGUUAACAUUAAUGAUUUUAUGAAAAUUUACGACGAGUAUCAAGUGAAAAGUGGCCUCUCCAAAUGGGGAAUAUCAUUAGCCGUAAAUUCAAAUUAUAUUGAAGUAAAACGUGAAAUAAUUGAUAAAUAUGUCAGAGCUUUACUAUUUUUACAAGAAAAUCAUUUUUUUGAAAGCAAUAAAAAUGUUUGUUCAUAUUUAUUAGGUGUCAUUAGUUUUAUUGAUAAAUAUCAUCAUAGCGAAUCAAUAGCCGACUUUUAUAAUAACUUCGUAUCUAAUUUUUUAAUUGAGAUGUAUUAUGCAGACAAUUGGCUGAAUUUUUGCGGACAAAAAAGUUCACUGAACAAAGAACUGUUUGAUUAUUACCGAUUAGUAAUGACUCCGUAUAUCAAAAUUUGGACUAUGAAUUAUUUUGGUCAAAUAUUAAAAGCACGAUGUAAUAAUGAUGAUUCAAAUACUUGGAUGGAAACCGCGAGAAAAAUGUUAAUUGAUACUUUUACAGCCAAUAUCAAGUUAACUAAGAAAAUAAUUACGGAAAAUAAUAAACAAUAUAUGUAUCAAUGUGACAGCGGAAGUAGUACAGAUGGGGAAUUUUACAAAAAUUAUAUAGUGGAAAAAAAUUUUUAUUACGAAUUAGAGAAAAUGGUACAGGCAGUUAUUAUUAAUGAGAAAGAUUUAACUACAUCAGAAUCUUGUAGUUACAAUUGUGAGCUCAGUGAAAUUGAAAAUACAAUUAAUUUCAGAAACUACCGAAAAUUUAUUGAAUGUCAAUAUAUAGCUAGUAGUUUCAAUAUUUGCGAGUCGAAUAAAAAUUCUUCGAGAAGCUAUGAGUGGUUUAAUGACAGCAAUGGAAUUAUUUACGGUGAUAGUAAUGAUCAAAAAUGUCAAAAAACUAUAGAAUAUGUUGAUAGUUAUUACAAUGCAUUGAAAUUACAUGACUGUGAUUAUUGCGUUUGUAUUUGCGUUAAAUAUCCGGAAAGAAAAAAAAAUGUCAUCACUGCGAUCAGCUUCAGAGACCAAGUUUCGAACAUCAGGGAUGACAUGGUUGUCGUAGGCGUUAGAUUUGUGAAGAAAGAUUAUAUGAUUCAUGUUCAAAUAAAAGAAGGAAAAUUGGGUGGUAACGAAGUUGGUAAAUUGGAACGGUGGAUUGAUUUAGAGAAUUGUGACUACGAUGAGAAACUUGAGGAAUAUCGCGUGAUAGUUGAUAAUGCGACGACUGUUGCACUGACACUGGGACUGGAUUAUGGACACCCGGAAAUUAUGAACUUUGAUGAUGUGAUGGCACCUCAAGGAUACGUUGUUACUGGGGUUAGAUUUCGAUUUGCUGGAGCUGCGCUUUGGUCGCCGAACUUGAAAUCAGGACCGAUUGAAUUGCAAAUACGUGUGUCGCCGUUUGAUUAUAUUAAAAAAAAAAUAAUUAAUCAUCAGCAAACACAUUGGAUGUCGGCGAAGAACUUGAAAAAGAGAGCUGAAGUGAUUUUAACUGAUCCUGAUAAACCAACUAAAUCAUCAAAAAAUAUUAUCGAUUCAAAAACAGGUCAAUUUAUCAAAUUCCGCGCUUCUGAUUUGAGAAAAGAUGCUGGCCAAUCAACAGUACCAUUUUUCGAUGCUGUACCGGUGGAAGGAAACCCGACAUAUUCUCUUGGAGGUAUUGGAAUAGUCCAUCGCGGUUCUAAAGGAUUUGGAGGAUAUUUGGCAUUCAAAAUUUUCGAUCUAGAUAUUUCUCAUUACUUUAAAUUCCACACGGAUUCUUAAUUAAAAUAUAAAUUUUUUUUUUGUU